UACUACUCUGUAAACAUCGAUGAAAAUAUAGUUCACGAAACUGAGCAGCGAACCAUUUUGUAAUCAAUCCAUUUCAAGGCAAAAGGCAGCUAGGCGAAGGAGCUGUUACGACUUUUGUUUUCUUUGGAGAGGAAGAAGAAAGGCAUAAUCGGAACGGGUAGAAGAGACUUCAGUCAUCCGUCAUUCAGAUUGGUUCAUCAUCUCAUCUAUCAAGAAUUGCGUUUUCUGGUAACUUCAGCUACCUGUUGUCUUUGCUUCGAAUCCUCUAUUCCCGAUCUCCAUAGUUCUUCUUUUCUUUGGAGCGGGUUUGUAAGUCAGAUUUGAUAGAGAAGUAAAAUGGGUGAUCACUUGGUCUUGAGCAAUGACCACUUAGCUACGCCUCAGCCGGCUAAAAUAUCACAAAGUUCUGAGGCACCUGGACCUUCAGGAAGCAUUACUGUACCUCACAAGCCGGAUAAUAAAUCUGCUCUGCCUAUUGCUAUAGAGGAUGAAGAUGAAGCACCCGGGGAUGCCGGUGAAGAAGAGCCUCUACUUAAGUCUGUAGAGUGCCGCAUUUGCCAGGAGGAAGACACUGUCAACAAUAUGGAGGUUCCUUGUUCUUGCCGAGGCAGCUUGGAGUUUGCCCAUAGGAAGUGCGUCCAAAGGUGGUGUGAUGAGAAAGGGGAUAUAACUUGUGAGAUAUGUCACCAGCCUUACCAGCCUGGCUAUACUGCUCCUCCUCGUCCAGAACCUGAAGAAACUACUAUUGAUAUUGGGCCGGGGUGGACUAUUGCUGGAGAUCAGCUUAACUUACAUGAUCCCAGACUGCUGGCUAUGGUUGCAGCAGAACACCAUAUUCUAGAUGCUGACUACGAUGACUAUGCUGAUUCAAGUGCCAGCGGCGCUGCAUUUUGCCGCUCUGUUGCUUUCCUUUUAAUGGCUCUUCUACUUUUAAAACAUGCUCUGAACAUUGGAAAUGGUGAAGGGGAUGAUGAUGAUGUUUCUGCCAUUUUCUCCCUUUUUUUGCUUCGGGCAGCUGCUUUCCUUAUUCCAUGCUACAUUAUGGCUUGGUUCAUUAGCAUAUUACAGCGCCGGAGGCAGAGACAGGAAUCAGCAGCAGCAGAAGUAGCAUUUAUGCUUCAGGCAGGGCGGCAGCACAGAGGUUUACACUUUGCAAUAACACCACGGCCUGCACCACCAGCUUCUCCUCCUCCUGGGGGGGUGCCUUCGUUGUCCACAACAGAAGUCCCGAUCGAGCAAGUAUGAAGGGGAUGAGUGUUUUACUUCAUUGUACGCCCGCCUGUCUGUCUGUCCUUUGUAAAGAUGUUUGUUUAUGUUUUACAUAUAUAUGUAUGCACCAAAGAAAUGUCAUAUCUCUUUAUUAUUAUUGUCAACUUGGUAUGCCAUCUCUUGCUGCAAACAUUGGUUGGUGGGUUGGGGAUAUGCUGUAUCGCAUUCGUCAAGGGAAGACCUCUCAUUUAACCCUUGGUUUUUAUAAUAAUUCGACAUUCACUUU